GAAAGAAAUGGAAUUCUUUCACCAGCAAAAAACACUCUUAUUAUCAGAAUUAUUGAUUUUCUGCAUGAUAUCUGUGGCUUCAUCUCUAGGUCCAAUGUAUACUCCUCCAGAGGUUGAGCGGUUAACUGACCGUUUCAGUAGAUUAUCUGUUAGUCAGGGAUAUAAUGUGUUUUUUGGAGGUGUUAAUGUUCGUCUAACGAACAAUGGGUCCAGUGCUGAUCUUAUCUUAGAUAAAUCUUCAGGUUCAGGACUAGUGUCAAGAGACAAAUACUACUACGGUUUCUUCAAUGCUGCACUAAAGCUGCCUGCAAAUUUUACAUCAGGAGUGGUAGUUGCUUUUUAUCUUUCUAAUCAAAAUAUUUUCCCACACAACCAUGAUGAACUAGAUUUUGAAUUGCUUGGGUAUGAUAAGAGAAGGGAUUGGGUUCUACAAACAAAUAUUUAUGGAAAUGGAAGUGUCAGCACAGGGAGGGAAGAGAAGUUCUACCUCUGGUUUGAUCCAACACAAGAUUUCCAUGACUACAGUAUUCUCUGGAACAAUCAUCACAUUCUAUUUCUAGUGGACAAUGUGCCAGUAAGAGAGGUUGUACAUAAUACUGCAAUCUCUUCUGUUUACCCAUCAAAGCCAAUGUCCAUUUAUGUGACAAUAUGGGAUGGAUCACAAUGGGCAACUCGUGGAGGGAAAUACCCAGUAAAUUAUACUUACGCCCCGUUUGUAACAUCAAUAAAAGGAGUAGAGUUAGAAGGGUGUGUAAGCCAGCAAAAUGCAUCAGCAGCUAGUGCAUGUGCUAGAAGAAGCACAUCAAGUUUGGAUCCUGUAGAUGGAGAAGAGUUUGUCAAGCUGUCACAGCAGCAGAUGACGGGGUUGGACUGGGCAAGGAGGAAGCAUAUGUUUUACUCUUAUUGUCAAGAUACUAGGAGAUACAAAGUCCUACCACCAGAGUGCACUGCUACAUAACAUAGUUGAUCUCAUUUUCUAACGUAUGAAAACAAGAUAGAAGAUAAUAAUAUAACGAUCAUAUACGAGAGAAAUCACCUAGCAUUUCUUGGCUCUACUGAGAUUUGAACAUAAAAUCUCAUGGUUCUCCCACUUUAUUGACCCCUAGGCUACACCCUUGGAUGCCUUAUACGAGAAAAUUCUAGAUAAGAGUACUCCUGGACCAAAUUGUUUCUAUGAUGUUGCUCGC